UAUGCCUGUAACGUGUUCUUUUAUCGUUCUAAUGAUUAUAAGCAGGUCUGAAGAGUGGGCCGUGGUGUUGUCAGGCAUUGUGUCGUUUCGCGGACAUCUCGUAGACUUGGAAAUUUCAUAGAACUGUUCAAAAUUUCCAUGUCAUUGAACAAACUACACAAAUCGAGCCUGAUAAACGAAGCCCCUAGCUGCAAACUUCCUCGGCCAUUAUUUCUGCGGCGUUACCUGUUAGCUAGUUCACUGUGUAUGACGUUUCAGACUGUUACUGAGUGAAACACGUCAUCUAGCGACUAUCCCCAAGGCAACAAUGCGUAUGGAAGAAGGUGGAAAAAGGUGUAUGACGAACUAGUCUACUCCUCAGCGGCUCUAUCUCCAUCUCAUUCUUCUCAUUUUAGGAGUUGAGAGCAGUAGUGAGCUCGAUUCUGGUCGGAAAGUUACAGAUUCAAGAUCCGAAAAGUAGCAACGUGAAAAACAAGGCUUACGGUUAUCACGGUCCAACUGGAAAAGUCUGUAUGAUAAGAACAUUGACUAUCUCUGCGUAGUUACUCCGAGAGUAUCAGCGAAGAGAAACCCGUCCUAUCUACCUGCCCGACCCGAGAGGUUGAAGUCUGACGAAUAGAUCUGACAUCAAGUGUAUAUACUUUGAUGUUCUGAAAUCAUGGAAAAAAGACCAUUCCUACUGAUUCUUCUCCAUCUUUGCUUCAAGAUCUACGUCCAUGCCACCCACGGUCCCCCUAGGCUCUUGUUAGAGGGGCGUGGUCUACAGAAGAAGGUUUUUGCAGGGGCUGAAGCUCAUCUUCCGUGUCCUGUUGCUGGUACCAAAGAUUCUCUUGUUUAUGAUUGGUACAAGAGCCACCAAUUACUACCCACUAUAGGUAACCAUCGAUAUCACGUGACCCAUACAGGUACGCUUGUGAUACAACAUACCGCAGUGGAAGACUCUGGUUUUUACGUGUGCGAAGCAUUCAAUCAAAAGGGGGAGGUUGAAGCCCACGUUCAUCUUAUGGUUCUUAGUAAGUUUGAGGAUCUUGUGUCUUCACGUAAUUCAGGGGAAGACGAUGGCACCUUCAAACCUCACGGAACGACUACAGACUCUUCUACAGGCCUAACUGCAAAUAACAGAAAGUCUUCUGGAAAACUACUUGAUCCAAUAGUCGACGGUUCAGGAGAUCGUAAGCUUCAAAACUAUUUUGCUUUCGAAGCUCCUGUUCUGACCACCAGUAAGCACGAAGACGACAACAUCUUUCAAAGGCCAGUCGGGAGCUCAGUCGUAUUCCGUUGCGCUGCGAAAGGAAAACCGAAACCAGUGAUCACGUGGUUCAAGGAUGACAAGCAAGUGCUCGAGAACGGCUUGGUUGUGAGGGAACUGUCGAACAGCGUUCGAAUCUCGCGAUGGUCAAUGAUGAUCGAGAACCUGAAGAUUGCAGACAGUGGUAAAUACUCGUGCGUUGCUUAUAACAUCCACGGGAAAGAAAACGUUACUUUCGUUCUUCAAGUUGUCGAUCAAAUCCUAAGUAAGCCGGAACUGACAGGAAGCCACCCGGUUAACACAACAGUGGAAUACGGAAGAACGGCCACCUUCCAGUGUCGUGUACGAAGUCAAGACGUCCCUCAUAUCCAGUGGUUGAGGCGAGUAAAGAAGAAAGAAACGGUUCUUCAGGACGACCUUAUUAAAGUAAAAGAUGAGUUCUACCACGUCCUCAAAUCGGACCACACCGUGGAACAACCUAAAGGAAUGUUUCUUAAUAAACUACACAUCAACGAAGCUCGGGAAUCGGAUUCGGGAAAAUACCUGUGUUUGGGGUCAACGCCUACCGGAUAUAGCUACCGGUCUGCGUUUCUGACAGUGACGUCACCUCGACUAAGCCAUUCGGUUGGUUGGACAAAAAUGUCAGAAAACUGGAAUAAUCAAACUAAUCCCCUAUUGGUUGCUCUACCCAUUGUUCUGGGUGUGUUGAUUGGUGUGGCUGUAACCUUGGUAGUUGUUUGUCACCGUAGGAGACUAGCAUCAUCCUUCCAAUACCAGAAAGGAAUGGAAUCUCAUAGCUUGCAGACCCAAAGACGAAUUGGAUCAGAGAUCCUGGAAGUAGUUAUAGAGACUCAUCUCGGCCAGUCUGUCAAAGGGAAGGCGAGAAAAAUAUAUAGAAAUCCCAUCUCCAGUUUUGACUCUUACGCACCUCUCAACCAAAAUCAGCAGGAAAAGCUCGAUAAAAACCAGGAAUCGGUUGCAUCAUCAGUAAAUUCAGAAGUGGUGUUUAAUGGAGGAACUGCAGAAUCAAGACUUUGGGAGGACGCUCAUCUACCAGAUCUUAAUUUGGCUUCUGAUUCUUACGUCAUGAGAUACAACGUGUAGAGAGAUUGAUGGCAUGAUUGAUACAGGAUACAGAGUUAAGAAGACAGUACUUCCAACACCUUCCAAACAUUGAACAAGUAUCCAUGAAUGAUUGGCGAUUUCUAAAUAUGAAAUUAUAUCUUUGCUGUUUUACAAUUAUUUGUAGGAAUACAGCAUAAAGGAAUGAUUAUAAGGAUUCAAAAAUCAACCAUUAUUAUCUGUAGGAUAAUCACCAUGAAAUGAUUACAGUAAUAUAAAAACCAGCCAUUAAUCUUAACCCUUUUCAAAGAAUGAUCUCCUGAUGAAAAUGUUCUUCGAAAAUACUCUGUCUUCUGAUUCGAAUUUUUGACCUUUGUAAUAACUUUGUAGUGAUCCACAGUACUACACUACUUUUAAAUUGGAGAAAUUCUACUUCUGGACCUUAUACCCAGAUAAUUGUUAAGUACUUCAAAACAAAACAAAUAUGUAUAAAUAAAAAAAGGCUGUUAUAGUUCUUUAGUAUUAUUGUCUUAAAGUUUGGAGCCUAGCUGAUGGAACCAUUGUUAGACUUUGUGGUAGUAACGAUGACUACACACGUUCGUCAUUUUGUGAUUCAAUGGACUGUUUAUUUAUUGUUGCCAAUGUUACGUAACAGUCACUAAGCAAGUACAUCUUCAGUGGUAGAUUUGUGAUACCUAAAAAAAGUAGCGAUUGAUUGCUUGCAUUUGGUAAUUGAGUAAUUCUUAAAUAUCGUUUCGUUUUUUGUGAUGAUUGUUCACUACGUAUUCGUUUCUGAAUUAAUUGAAGGAGACAGAACUUUGCCAAAUUAUAUUUCACCAAUAUUAGGUGUUCAAGUCGCCGAAUAAUUUCUCAAUAUGUAACUGUUGUGGUGUUUGUUUGAUGGUGAAAUAUCGACAACGUUUGAUUUUUAAACUAAACAUUAGUAUAUUUUCUUUCGAUAUGAAAAAAUAAAUAAAUUACUUUCCAGAUUAAUCAAACUAUUUUACACCAUGUACAUAGGCAUAGUGACCGAGAGACUUAAGGCGAAGGGGGCUUUUAUCAGGUACCCUAAACAUUGAGGCACCCGAGUCAAAAUCCUUAUAUAUUUUCAACAAGCAAAAACUUAAUAAAAAUCUUUGUCCAACCUCACAUCUUAGCUGUAAUUCCGCCAUUGACCAGGUGGAUUUCAUUCCACAUUGUUUUACUAUUAUUAUAAAUUAAUAAAAUCAUUACAAUUGUACGAUAUAUUUCUGAUAAUUAGUCACAUCAAAAGAGCUGUUGUCAAAAAUAGAAAUUAACCAAUCUAAAUUUAAGAAUUUUGUAACUUUGAUGAAAAAUAUUAUUCAAUUAUGUAUAUUAUCUAAAGAUGAACGAAUUCAUCCCCCCC